CGGCGGGCGCCCUGUGAGCGGCCCCGAUGUGGCAGCAGGCGAUGCGGCGCCGCCGCUACCUGCGGGACCGCGCCGAGGAGGCGGCGGGCGGCGGAGACGGGCUGCCGCGGUCCCGGGACUGGCUCUACGAGUCCUACUACUGCAUGAGCCAGCAGCACCCGCUCAUCGUCUUCCUGCUGCUCAUCGUCAUGGGCGCCUGCCUCGCCCUGCUGGCCGUCUUCUUCGCGCUCGGGCUGGAAGUUGAAGACCAUGUGGCAUUUCUAAUAACAGUUCCGACCGCCCUGGCGAUUUUCUUUGCGAUCUUUAUCCUGGUCUGCAUAGAGUCUGUGUUUAAGAAGCUGCUGCGCCUCUUCUCGUUGGUGAUAUGGAUAUGCCUUGUUGCCAUGGGAUACCUGUUCAUGUGUUUUGGAGGUACUGUCUCUCCCUGGGACCAGGUAUCGUUCUUCCUCUUCAUCAUCUUCGUGGUGUACACCAUGCUGCCCUUCAACAUGCGAGACGCCAUCAUUGCCAGUGUGCUCACCUCCUCCUCCCACACCAUCGUGCUUAGCGUCUGCCUGUCUGCAACGCCGGGAGGCAAGGAGCACCUGGUCUGGCAGAUCCUGGCCAAUGUGAUCAUUUUCAUCUGUGGGAACCUGGCGGGAGCCUACCAUAAGCACCUCAUGGAACUUGCUCUUCAGCAAACAUAUCAGGACACCUGUAAUUGCAUCAAGUCCCGGAUCAAGUUGGAAUUUGAAAAACGUCAACAGGAGCGGCUUCUGCUCUCCCUGCUGCCGGCCCACAUCGCCAUGGAGAUGAAAGCAGAGAUCAUCCAGAGGUUGCAGGGCCCCAAGGCAGGCCAGAUGGAGAACACAAAUAACUUCCACAACCUGUACGUGAAGCGGCAUACCAACGUGAGCAUCUUAUACGCUGACAUUGUUGGCUUUACCCGGCUGGCAAGUGACUGCUCCCCAGGAGAACUAGUUCAUAUGCUGAAUGAGCUCUUCGGAAAGUUUGAUCAAAUUGCAAAGGAGAAUGAAUGCAUGAGAAUUAAAAUUUUAGGAGACUGCUACUACUGUGUAUCUGGACUCCCUAUAUCUCUCCCUAACCAUGCCAAGAACUGUGUGAAAAUGGGACUGGACAUGUGUGAAGCCAUAAAGAAAGUGAGGGAUGCUACUGGAGUUGAUAUCAACAUGCGUGUGGGCGUGCAUUCUGGGAACGUCCUGUGCGGCGUGAUUGGUCUGCAGAAGUGGCAGUAUGAUGUGUGGUCACAUGACGUGACCUUGGCCAACCACAUGGAAGCUGGAGGGGUCCCUGGACGUGUUCACAUUUCUUCCGUUACCCUGGAGCACUUGAAUGGCGCUUAUAAAGUGGAGGAGGGAGAUGGUGAUAUUAGGGACCCAUAUUUAAAACAGCACCUGGUGAAAACCUACUUUGUAAUCAACCCCAAGGGAGAACGACGGAGCCCCCAGCAUCUCUUCAGACCUCGCCACACCCUCGACGGAGCCAAAAUGAGGGCCUCGGUCCGCAUGACCCGGUACUUGGAGUCCUGGGGGGCGGCCAAGCCCUUUGCACACCUACAUCACAGGGACAGCAUGACCACAGAGAACGGCAAGAUCAGCACCACGGAUGUACCCAUGGGUCAGCAUAAUUUUCAAAAUCGCACCUUAAGAACCAAGUCACAAAAGAAAAGAUUUGAAGAAGAAUUGAAUGAAAGGAUGAUUCAAGCAAUUGAUGGGAUUAAUGCACAAAAGCAAUGGCUCAAGUCUGAAGACAUUCAGAGAAUCUCACUGCUUUUCUAUAACAAAGUACUAGAAAAAGAGUACCGGGCCACAGCACUGCCAGCAUUCAAGUAUUACGUGACUUGUGCCUGUCUCAUAUUCUUCUGUAUCUUCAUUGUGCAGAUUCUCGUGCUGCCAAAAACGUCCGUCCUGGGCAUCUCCUUUGGGGCUGCGUUUCUCUUGCUGGCCUUCAUCCUCUUCGUCUGCUUUGCUGGACAGCUUCUGCAAUGCAGCAAAAAAGCCUCUCCCCUGCUCAUGUGGCUUUUGAAGUCCUCGGGCAUCAUUGCCAACCGCCCCUGGCCACGGAUCUCUCUCACGAUCAUCACCACAGCCAUCAUUUUAACCAUGGCCGUGUUCAACAUGUUUUUCCUGAGUGACUCAGAGGAAACAAUCCCUCCAACUGCCAAUACAACAAACACAAGCUUUUCAGCCUCAAAUAAUCAGGCGGCGAUUCUGCGUGCGCAAAAUUUAUUUUUCCUCCCGUACUUUAUCUACAGCUGUAUUCUGGGACUGAUAUCCUGUUCCGUGUUCCUGCGGGUGAACUAUGAGCUGAAGAUGUUGAUCAUGAUGGUGGCGUUGGUGGGCUACAACACCAUCCUACUCCACACCCACGCCCACGUCCUGGGCGACUACAGCCAGGUCUUGUUUGAGAGACCAGGCAUUUGGAAAGACCUGAAGACCAUGGGCUCUGUGUCUCUCUCUAUAUUCUUCAUCACACUGCUUGUUCUGGGUAGACAGAAUGAAUAUUACUGUAGGUUAGACUUCUUAUGGAAGAACAAGUUCAAAAAAGAGCGGGAGGAGAUAGAGACCAUGGAGAACCUGAACCGUGUGCUGCUGGAGAACGUGCUUCCCGCGCACGUCGCUGAGCACUUCCUGGCCAGGAGCCUGAAGAAUGAGGAUCUAUACCACCAGUCCUAUGACUGUGUCUGCGUCAUGUUUGCCUCCAUUCCGGAUUUCAAAGAAUUUUAUACAGAAUCCGACGUGAACAAGGAGGGCUUGGAAUGCCUUCGGCUCCUGAACGAGAUCAUCGCUGACUUUGAUGAUCUUCUUUCCAAGCCAAAAUUCAGUGGAGUUGAAAAGAUUAAGACCAUUGGCAGCACGUACAUGGCAGCAACAGGUCUGAGCGCUGUGCCCAGCCAGGAGCACGCCCAGGAGCCCGAGCGGCAGUACAUGCACAUUGGCACCAUGGUGGAGUUUGCCUUUGCCCUGGUAGCGAAGCUGGAUGCCAUCAACAAGCACUCCUUCAACGACUUCAAAUUGCGAGUAGGUAUUAACCAUGGACCUGUGAUAGCUGGUGUGAUUGGAGCUCAGAAGCCACAAUAUGAUAUCUGGGGCAACACUGUCAAUGUGGCCAGUAGGAUGGACAGCACCGGAGUCCUGGACAAAAUACAGGUUACAGAGGAGACAAGCCUCGUCCUGCAGACCCUCGGAUACACGUGCACCUGUCGAGGAAUAAUCAACGUGAAAGGAAAGGGGGACCUGAAGACGUACUUUGUAAACACAGAAAUGUCAAGGUCCCUUUCCCAGAGCAAUGUGGCAUCCUGAAGAGUCACCUUCAUUUUGGCAAGAAGACUGUAUUUUCAGGAAGGUAUCACACACUUUCUGACUGCAACUUCUGUCCCUUGUUUUUGAUGUGCGUGCUCUGUCUGUCCUAUGGAGCCUCUGCAGACUCGUUCCCGUGACCCAGUGGCAUACCGUUUGGUGUCUGACGUGUGCCCAGAUCGUUCUGCCACUUGCACUGUGCUUGCUCCUAAGCAAAAGGGAAAAGGAGCGUGCGUGAUAGAAGAAAAGCAUUGAGAGAAUUAACAAAGAGGAGAGAGGUGAAACACACACACAUUCUUAAGGCAAUAAAACUAGGGGGUGUAUAUUAUCUUCUGGUGCAUGUUCUUUUCUGGAAAAUACGGUAGCUCGCCAACCACAUCUGCUCGUCUGAUAUUCAAACACACAGUAUUCGUGAAUAAGUUGAUUCUGUCCCUCACAUGGAGUCUGUGCUCACCCACUGUCUCAUUGCCAGUGGUGUCCAAGGGCCCCCGUUGGGACCCACGGUUCUCGUCCCUCUGCUCCAUGUGUCUCAUGCCAGCAGCACGUUGCCAUCCAUCACCAGAAUUAGUCUUCACAGCCUAGGACCAGUUUUGUACCAAACUCGUCUGAUGUUUUGAUGCCAUUUGUCUUUUGUAAAGUUAAUUCAUUAAAAGUUUUAUGUACUUUGAUUUACAGUGCCUGUAUCUUUUAUUUUCCUGUCUUCUUUCUUCUGUGGUUUGCUCCAGAAUUAAAGUUUGUUUUCCAUCCGUUCUCCCUUUUGACACAGUUGUUUCGGAAAGAGCUCUCCAGAAGCCAAUGUUGAAAUGUAAUUCAGAUUAGGACACAGUGUGUGACGCAGAUAAUUCGUUACUCAGCUCCCUGGAAAGCAGGCAAGCAUGUUGAAUGUAUCUAGUGGUCUGAUUUUAAUUUGGGCAUCUCUAGAGAAUGCUUUCAGGGAAAAAUACUUUACUAGUAAAAAGAUUCCCUGCGAGCAACAGUGCCCCCUCCGUCCACUAUGCUCCUGUCUACAGGAAUGUUUUGCUAGACCUAACAGAAAUAGACUGCAAAAGAAUAAUGUGGAACCAGCUAUGCAAAUCAGUCUCACAAUAGCGUGAACUAACUGAGAGAAGUACUAAGUCCCACAGACUGCCUGUUAAGUCUGAGAAGGCUGAAGAAGACACACAGCCAACGUUCAUGCAUUUUUAAAGACAGAAGACCUUGAAGAAUUUGUUCUUGUAAAUCCAAUGCAAGUUGUUUGGUACUUAUAACAUAAAGAAAUCAUACUUUGCCAAAUAGUGAAAAGUAGAGCAAUCAUGUGUAAUCUAAUGUUUAAAAGCAAAACUGCACAUUGUAGCCCAGUUGGUCAAACUUGUUUUCUUUUUAUAGCUCGUGGCAGGCAUCUGUAAGAGGUAGAGGACCCAGAUGAUCUCUUAGGAAGCCUUUUAUUCGUGGAACUCGAACUUGAAGCACAAGUUCCUGGUUUGAUUCCUGGCUCUGAUUUUUUACCAGCUGUGUAACUUUGAACACAUCUCUUAGUCCCUCUUAGGAGUACUUUCCUUAUUGGCAACUCAUGGAAUCGCUAGUGAUUAAACGAGGCAAUGACUGUGAGAGAGCCUGGCAGGGCCUGCACAUUCACAGCACGGGCACAGCUGCUGUGCCAGGACUGUGACUCAUUCCCAGUAAAAGGCACUUAUCGAAGCUGAUAACCAUCCUUUAUCACCGAAGUGUGAGUACAGCAUGACUUAUUUAGUAUUCUCCCUCAAUGGGGAAUUUUUUGAUCCUGUAAUCACAACUCAGCAUUGGCCUUAAUCUCCCUAGAUCUCCAAAAACAGUGGUUGAAGCAAGGGCUUUUCUCUUUCCUCUAAUCGAAAUGUGGAUAGGAUGUCGUAGCAUUUCCAUGAGCUCAAACUGGCCAUGGUGUAGAAUGUGUAAGGAUGAGCAGCAGGUGUGCCUCGUGGGUUCCUCCUCUGUUACAUCCUGCUACACUCAUCUGCAGGUCUCCUGGGGUAACCUACCCUGAGUGAACACCCCCAGCUGGGUGGUCCACCAAGUUCUCAUAAACAGAGUCCCUCCCAUUUCCCCAUGUGGUGCACUGAACUUGGGUUUGUGCUAAAAAGAACUCAAAAGGAGAAUUGUGCUCUCCCAAAGCCAUAUCACCAGUCUUACCAAACAAUAGGCUUUUAAAAGCAUUCAGAGUCAUUGUCAGAAUCCACUGUGGGAAGCUCUGUGUGCACCUGGGCCGUUCUAGGUGUGGGCCCAUAGCAGCAGCCUUAGCAUCCCCUGGGAACUUGUCAGAAAUGCAAAUUCUCAGACCCCAACCUGAAGGAGGACCCUGAAUCUGAGAUCCCCAGGGCGGGGGUCCAGCACAAUUGCUAUUUAGUGAACAGGUUCUCCAGGUGAUUCUGAUCCCUGAUCAAGCUUGAGACCUCCCUCCCUCCCCAAUGUUUUUGCAAAUGAGGAAACUGGGGCAGAGUCAUUCAGGCACAUGUGUUCAGAGUUCCACAGUUGAUUAGCAGUUGAGGCCAGGCUAGAAUGGAAAACUGCCUGUUCCCUGAAUCUAGAAGAGCAUUACUCCUGCUCAAAGCCCCUUAAAGCUCUGGGCAGCUAAAAGCA